AUGGAAGUGGAAGUACAUUUGCCUGCUAUCAUAGCCCUUGCCCAGUAUUACGACUCUCCGCUAAGAUGCUUCACCUUUCAAGACUUCCAGUUGGCGCCGACUAUAGAAGAGUUUGAGCAUAUACUUGGUUUACCCCUGGAGGGUACCACGCCGUAUCAGCACUUGGAGCAUCACGCCUCUAUCUCUACCAUUGCUGCCAUAAUGAAAUUACAACCCAAGGAACUCGAAGAUAGGUUGGUAACGAGGCAUCAAAUGUGUGGACUGACACAUGGAUAUCUGGAACAGUACCUGCAGCAUCUGGCUGAUAAGGAAGAGUGGGAGACUUUCAUGGAUGUGCUAGCUCUCAUCGUGUACGACAUUGUUUUAUUCUCCAAAAUAGAAGAUUUUGUGGACUAUACCGCAAUAGAUGUCUUCGUGGCGAGAAAGACGAGAUCGGAGAAUCCUGUAACGGUAGUCCUUACUGAUGUUUAUGGGACCAUGAGUUUCUGUCACGAAAGGAAGGGGAAGAAAAUCCUUUGUUGUUUGUCGGCACUGUACGCUUGGAUGACUGCACGUGUGUUUAAAGGCGCAGUCAAUGUCAAGCGUCCUUCAGAAAAUCUGUCACACCAAGGGCUUAAGGACAAAGGAGGAAAUGAGUGGGCCCAUUUCUUUGCUAGCUUGAAUGGAGGUAAAUUAAAUUGGCUUCUUCCUUGGCUUGGUAUUAAACAGUCUAUCCAAUAUUGUGGCCGCUUUCCCAAUGUAUCUCUCAUAGGGGCCCGAUAUUGCAUCAAUUACAACCCUCUUUUGGUUCAAAGACAAUUCGGGCAUCCCAUGAAAUGGGCACCUUCACCGUAUCUCAUGACAAUUUUCAUCUACUAUGAGGACGAGCUGCACUGA